AUGGCCUUCAAACACUCCACUCGCGUAUUACGACGGACACAUCCGCACACUCCAUUCAUGGACACUAUGAAUAAUUUUCCCACAACUUCGGAAAUCCUGAGUAUUAUUCAUGAUGGGCAAAGGAAUGAUCAUACAAUCACCGAGAGCAUUGUCAAAGAACAGGAUGAAAUUGAAAGGUCCUCACCUUCCAAUGGUGAAACCAUGGAUCAAUCUUAUUCACACUCUCCAACUACUCAACAGGCAUUUAAUGCUGCCAACGAUCGAAAAAAAACUAGUGAUAGUCAUUUCAAAACUCGAGGCGUUAGUACUACAAGCAGUGGAUUAGGAGGAAUCGGGAAAAUCCCCAGUAAUUCAAAUACAUUCAAUGGUACUGAUCUUUCCUAUGGAUCGAUCGAUAAGAUUAAAUAG